AUGCCGGAUCUCGACGACGGUACACGACAGGAGGAUUCAUCCGCAAUGAAUACGAAGAAUCUCAUGGUCCAGGCUCAGGACGAUUUUGACAUCGCCAACGAGCUGAUGGAUAGUCAUGGGCAUGGGAUAGACACAUUUCGCGAGAACUACCAGCAGCUCUAUGAUUCGGCAAUGGCUAGCUUGGAGAGCAUUGCGUACGCUAGGCAGUGGCAAGAUCAGCUGACGGCAGAACUAAACGGCCACCGGGAAAAGCUUCGAAACCUGGAGACAUACGAAGAAGAUGCCAAGAGUUCCCGCCUUAACUUGUUGGCCAUGCUGGAGAACAUGCAGCAGUUGCUCGGCGAGGUCCGAAAUAGCGAGGUGGCAAAGAAAGAGACGGCGACAAAGCUUUCGGCCGAAAUCGAAGCGGCGUCCACUAGGAUUGCGGCGGGACCGGGGUGGACCCCUGAACAGGAGGUGGAGGUGAAGCAGAGAGAUCACGGCGCCCUGCGCGGCGAGGUGUCUACGAUAACCCUCCACAUGGAGCAGAAACAGGAGAAGGAGCGGCUCGCCAGGGAGCGUGUUGAGACGUUGGAGGCCCGCAAGGUCGCUUUGGAUGAAGCUGUUCGAGCAGAAGUGACCCGAAAAGGACAUUUGGAGGAAUUGCUAGACGCCAACCAGGCCAAAGCUCAAAGAGACCAAGAGCUAUACAAGAACCAGAAGGAAUACUUGAAGACGGAGGCGGAACACAUCGGCGUGGUAGAGGAACAACUCCGGGCGUCGAAGGAGGAAAUGGAACGAUGUCUGUCGGAAUACGACGAGCUUUUCAGGACCAUUCAGCGGCUAUCAGAGGAGCUCAACACACAGAUUACUGCCAACGGAGAGCUGCAGGAGGAAAACGUGAGCAGGAAGCAAGCUACAGAUGCCACCCUGGCCAGGCUUCGAGUCCUCGAGAAGAACACACUAAAGACCAUGCGAUUGAAGGAUCUCGCUCAGAAAAAAAUAGACGAGACGGAGGCAAAGCGGCAGCAGUACGAGCAGCAGAGGGACACCCUCAAGACCAAGAUUCAUGGUCUCAACUCGAUUGACAUGAAGGCGGGGCGCAAGAACAUCGACUCAUUGAAACGGCAGAUCGGCGAGCUCGAGCGGGAGAAGGACAUCUUGGAUCGGAAGCACAUAUCUUCAGACAGAGCGGCUUCUCUAAUCUUUGACCUCUCCAAGGCGAACCAAGCGACCCGCAAGAAUCUGUUGGACGACCGGGAGGCCAUGAAGCAGAGCAUCAGAGGCCUGCGCUCGAGGAUAGAGCAGCUGGCGGGAGAGCGCGAGCGCGCGGAAAAGGACUCUCUGGAGCACACCCGCCUCUGGCAGGAGAGGGCUGAGGGGCUCAAGGCGCAGGGUCUCCAGGUCGCAGACCUCCAGAAGAAGAUAGCGGCGGCCGUGGCCCGCCUGAAGCAGCAGCAGAAUCUCUACGAGGCAGUGAGGAGCGACCGCAACGUCUACUCCAAGAACCUCAUCGAGACUCAGGACGUAAUCAAGGAGAUGAAGCGGCGGUUCAAAUUUAUGAACCACCAGAUCGAGCACCUCAAGGACGAGAUCACCAUCAUGGACCACUCCUUGGUCAAGGAGCACUUCCACCACCACAAUGUGGACAAGGACAAGGAGUCCCUCCGCAACGACGUCACUAAGGUGAAGAAGCAGAUCGUCUCAGGGGAGCAUAUCGCACUACAUCAGCGCUCCGAGCUGCAGAAGCUGACUCGCAUCAUACAGGAGGCCGACGAGGAGCGACAACGUCAGGUGAAAGAACACGAUGCCAUCGUCGGCGAAAAGGGUGUCUUGUUUGGCCAGCUGAUGAAGCGGAACGACGAGCUGUCCGUGCUGUACGACAAGAUACGGAUCCAAACCUCGAGUCUGCACCAGGGGGAGGUACGUUACCAACAGCUGCUGGACACCAUCAUGGACCUGGAAGGGCAGAUCAAGUCCAUGGAGAAAGACCUGGUGUCGUCGAUGUCGCAGGCGGGAGACCUGAACGAGCUCACGACAGCGUCGAACAAACUAGAGAAGGACCUGAUGCGCGAGCGGGCCAAGAUGACUGCGCUUGUAGAGGAACUCGAGCUUCCGCUCAACGUACACCGCUGGAGAAAGCUAGAGAGCUCGGACCCCGAACGCUACGACUUGGUAAGGAAAGCCCAGUCCCUGCAACGCAACCUCGUGUCCAAAACGGAGAGUGCGGUGAAGAAAGACCUGCUCAUUCAGGAAAAGGAGAAGCUGUAUAUUGAGCUGAAGACUAUCCUAGGGCGGCAGCCGGGACCUGAAGUCGCGGAGCAGCUCGCGGUCUACCAAGAGAACUUGAAGCACAAGGUGAAGCAGAUGAGGGCCAUGGAGGCCGAACUGGGCAUGUACAAGCAGCAGGUCGAUCUCUUCAAGUCCGAUAUCGAGGCCGCCAACGAGGCAAUGCGCGCGCUGCGACAGCGCUGGGUCGCCGAUCAGAGGCGCAGCAAGAUGAAGCAGGGAGGGAGUGGGAGCGAUGAGACCAUAAACCUUACCGGGAACACGUGGGACUCGUCCUCGCCCGUUGCGGCGAAAGCUAGCGCCGACAGUAUGCCGCCACUGUCGCAGGAUGAGAAGGGGAAUAGUAGCAGCACGAUUCCGGAUAGUAAGCAUAUCCUUGAGGGGGAUAGAACACAAGAGCCCCAGGCGUUAGAUAACCCUCCUGCCGUUGCCGUUGAAGCGUGA